AUGUUCAGUUUUCAGAGAAAGGGAUUGGGCCCUCCAACACUGCUGCUCUCGCUUCUUCUGCUCGAAUUCUGGGAGGCGGGGAGCGGCCAGCUCCACUACUCGGUCCCCGAGGAGGCCAAACACGGCACCUUCGUGGGCCGCAUCGCGCAGGACCUGGGGCUGGAGCUGGCGGAGCUGGUGCCGCGCCUGUUCCGGGUGGCGUCCAAAGGCCGCGCGGACCUUCUGGAGGUAAAUCUGCAGAAUGGCGUUUUGUUUGUGAAUUCUCGGAUCGACCGGGAGGAGCUGUGCGGGCGGAGCGCGGAGUGCGGCAUCCACCUGGAGGUGAUCGUGGACAGGCCGCUGCAGGUUUUCCAUGUGGAGGUGGAGGUGAAGGACAUUAACGACAACCCGCCGGUAUUCUCUCUCAGAGAACAAAGGCUGCUGAUUUCUGAAUCUAAGCAAGUGGACUCGCGUUUUCCGCUAGAGGGAGCUUCUGAUGCGGAUAUUGGAGAGAAUGCUCUAUUGACCUACAGACUAAGUCAAAAUGAUUUUUUUUCUUUAGAAUCAUCAACAAAUAAUAAGCAGACUAAAAGACUGUCACUUCUAUUAAAGAAGUCUCUGGAUAGAGAGAAAACUCCGGAACUUAAUUUGCUACUGACGGCUACAGACGGGGGGAAACCCGACCUCACCGGCACGGUUCAACUGUUCGUCCGCGUCUUGGAUGUUAACGACAAUGAUCCGGAGUUUGAUCAAUCAGAUUACAAAGUGAGAUUGACGGAAAACGCUGAUAAAGGAACUCUUGUGAUAAGGUUAAACGCGACAGAUCGAGAUGAAGGAGUCAACGGCGAGGUAACAUACUCUUUAAUAUCGAUUAAGCCCAAUGGAAGAUUUUUAUUUACACUAGAUAAAAAUCAUGGAGAAGUGAGGGUCAAUGGAACUUUAGAUUAUGAAGAAAACAAGUUUUUUGAAAUUGAAGUACAGGCCACAGAUAAGGGGAAUCCCCCAAUGGCAGGCCACUGUACAGUCUGGGUAGAAAUCUUAGAUACCAAUGAUAACUCCCCUGAAGUCACUGUGACUUCCCUGUCCCUUCCAGUACGAGAGAACACUCAGCCUAGCACUGUCAUUGCGCUCAUCAGCGUAUCCGACCCCGACUCUGGUGUCAAUGGACAAGUGACAUGCUCUCUGACGCCCCAUGUCCCCUUUAAGAUUGUGUCUACCUUCAAAAACUACUAUUCACUGGUGCUGGACAGCACCCUGGACCGCGAGAAGGUGUCUGCUUAUGAUCUGGUGGUGACCGCGCGGGACGGGGGCUCGCCUUCGCUGUGGGCCACGGCCAGCGUGUCCGUGGAGGUGGCCGACGUGAACGACAACGCGCCGGCGUUCGCGCAGCCCGAGUACACGGUGUUCGUGAAGGAGAACAACCCUCCCGGCUGCCACAUCUUCACGGUGUCGGCGCGGGACGCGGACGCGCAGGAGAACGCGCUGGUGUCCUACUCGCUGGUGGAGCGGCGGGUGGGCGAGCGUGCGCUGUCGAGCUACGUGUCGGUGCACGCGGAGAGCGGCAAGGUGUACGCGCUGCAGCCGCUGGACCACGAGGAGCUGGAGCUGCUGCAGUUCCAGGUGAGCGCCCGCGACGCUGGCGUGCCGCCUCUGGGCAGCAACGUGACGCUGCAGGUGUUCGUGCUGGACGAGAACGACAAUGCACCGAUGCAGCUGGCGUCUCGGGCUGGAGGCUCUGGCGGUGCAGUGAGCGAGCUGGUGCCGCGGUCGGUGGGAGCUGGCCACGUGGUGACGAAGGUGCGCGCGGUGGACGCCGACUCGGGCUACAACGCGUGGCUGUCGUACGAGCUGCAGCCGGCGGCGGGCGGUGCGCGCAGCCCGUUCCGCGUGGGGCUGUACACGGGCGAGAUCAGCACGACGCGCGCCCUGGACGAGGCGGACGCUCCGCUUCAGCGCCUGCUGGUGCUGGUGAAGGACCACGGCGAGCCGGCGCUGACGGCCACGGCCACCGUACUGGUGUCGCUGGUGGAGAGCGGCCAGGCGCUGAAGGCCUCCUCUAGGGCGUCGGCGGGAGCCGCGGGCCCAAAGGUGGACUUGGUAGAUGUCAACGUGUAUCUGAUCAUCGCCAUCUGCGCCGUGUCCAGCCUGUUGGUGCUGACGCUGCUGCUGUACACGGCAUUUCGGUGCUCGGCGUCACCCACCGAGGUCGCGUGUAAGCCUGGGAAGGCGACUUUGGUGUGUUCGAGCGCGGUGGGGAGCUGGUCGUAUUCGCAGCAGAGGCGGGAGAGAGUGUGCUCUGGGGAGGGGCCGCCCAAGACCGACCUCAUGGCCUUCAGCCCUAGUCUUCCUCCAGGUCUGAAUAGAGAAGACGAAGGAGAAAGGCAGGAGGCAGGAUCAAAUCACCCUGGACAGGUGAGCUUUUUACAGAUUCCACCUAUUCAGGUAGUCUUUCUUAAAGCUUUAAAGAUCUAG